UAGAGAUGUGUUAAAUGUUUAUAAAUCUUGCAAUGAGCUUCUUGAGUAGUUUAAUACAAAAAAAGCAACAUCUUCAGCCUUGUCAAACCACAGUAACUUCUCCAGAUGGCAGAGUUCACAAAGAGAUUAUUAAAGAUGGUAAAUUUGUGCACUUGCCACAGACAGAUUCAUUAGCACCUGGCUAUGUUGUUGAUACAAAUCCUGAUCUGAAGGUUGCUCUCGUAUUACCAGGUCUUUGCUGUGGCUCCCAGGAUGUUGUACAAGAUGUUAAUCUCCUUCAUAAUUACGGAAUAACACACAUAUUAAGUUUAGGUGUGAGAGCUGAACAGUUUGAUGGUUUUGAGUAUAAAUUUGUUGAAGCUCUGGAUCUACCUGACACAGACAUUGUAUCAUUUUUAGAGCCAAGCUUUGAGUUUUUAAAAAAAGUGAAAGACAGUAAUGGAUGUGUGUUUAUUCACUGCAAUGCUGGUAUAUCUAGAUCUGCUACUGUUGUAAUAGCUUACCUCAUUAAAGAAUGUGGUAUGACAUUUACAGAAGCAUUUGCAUACUUGAAGGAGAGAAGGGAAGCAAUUAGACCAAAUGAUGGGUUUAUCAAACAACUUAAACAGUACGAAAAUUCAUUAAAAACCACAAUUUAAUAGUAUCAACAUUGAUAUAUAAUAAUCUCCAGUGUAAAAACAAAUUUGGAAUGUGUGCAAAAAUAUAAAUAAUUAUAUAAUGUAUGUAUAUAUUAAGUACAUCAGUAUAAAUUAUCAGGUCCCCAGUGAAUUCAGUAUGAGCAAAUUCUUACAGUAUUAAAACCCCUUCAGAGUCUCCAAAUUAAAACAGCUUGUUAAAAAAGAAUUGAAAAGUUUAAAUAUUUUUUACAAAUAUACAUUUCAUAUACAUUUUCCAUUACGGUUUGUACAUUCUCGUUACAUUGGCUAAGCCACUAAGCUGUGGAAUGGUACACGAUGACUUCUGCACCUUAGUUCAUUCUCCAUUUAAGGAAAAACAUUCAUUAACACAUUUUGUUCAUUGGCAAUGAAUGCCAUAAAUCGACAUUGUGAUGUUGUAGUACUGUGACUUUUAUGAUUACAAUAUCCUGAGUCAUCAAUAUCUUAAUGGUACAGGGUGUUAUGUAUAAGAUCUAAGCCUGCUGGAUAAAAAUACUCUCAACUUCAUGAUAGAAAUCCAUUUAGAAGUUAAAACUGCUGUGAUUCAAAUAAUUCCUUUAGGUCACAUUCAACUGAGAUUACAUUACAGUGAUGAAGGUGCUGCUUGUGAUGCAUAAAUUUAUUUGGACUGAUUAGUUUUGAAGAAAGCAGAGCAUCCUUGUUCUUGAAUAACAGCAACAUAUUUUAAGUAAGCAGGGUUAUUUUAUGAACUCAGCAAGAGGUCUUAUGUUACUAAUACUCUACCAACAUAUGUAAAUGCCUAAAAAUAAAUGCUAUUAAUACUGAGCAUACACCAACAAGGAAUUUCCACUCCUUACAUAAACACAAGAAAACAAAAUUAGAUGCUGAACAUCACAGCAAACAAAAAUGAGGAAAGGCACUGCUUUCCUGUAGCUGAAUGGUGUAUGGCAUGUCCCCCCCCCCCCCCCCC